UCACUGCGGCAGCGUGGCGACGUCACCGCAGCCCGAGUGUGUGUGUGUCUCUCUCUCUUUUUCCACCAACCUCGUCCGUCGACAUUCGCGAAUCCGAGGAGGCGGCAGAGAGAGGAAGAGACCUCGCCAAAAAGUCGUCGUUCCGCUACGUAUUUGGGCUACCAGGUCGUGCUUGAGAGACAGCCACCAUGUCCAUCCUGAAGAUCCACGCACGGGAAAUCCUGGACUCCCGGGGCAACCCCACCGUGGAGGUCGACUUGCACACGGAGCGCGGGAUGUUCCGGGCGGCGGUCCCAAGCGGGGCGUCGACUGGGAUCUAUGAGGCUCUGGAGUUGCGAGAUGAUGACAAGGGGCGCUAUCUGGGCAAGGGUGUUCUUCAGGCUGUGUCGCACAUCAAUGACACCAUCGCCCCGGCCCUCCUCAGCCAGAGCUUCAGUGUGGUGGAACAGGAGGCGAUUGAUCAAUUCAUGCUGGACCUCGAUGGAACUGAGAACAAAUCCAAGUUUGGAGCGAAUGCUGUGCUUGGCGUCUCGCUGGCCGUGUGCAAGGCCGGGGCGGGCGAGAAGGGGGUUCCGCUGUAUCGGCACAUCGCAGACCUUGCCGGGAACUCUGAAGUCAUCCUGCCUGUCCCGGCAUUCAACGUGAUCAACGGCGGCUCACACGCCGGAAACAAGCUGGCCAUGCAAGAGUUCAUGAUCCUGCCCGUCGGGGCGGAGAGCCUCUCGGAGGCCCUGCGCAUGGGUGCCGAGGUCUACCACUCCCUCAAGGCCGUCAUCAAGAAGAAGUAUGGCCAGGACGCGACCAAUGUGGGCGACGAGGGCGGCUUUGCCCCCAACAUUCUUGAAAACAUGGAGGCCCUGGACCUCCUCACCCAAGCCAUCGGCAAAGCCGGCUACACCGACAAAAUCGUCAUCGGCAUGGAUGUGGCCGCCUCCGAGUUCUACCGCGACGGGAAAUACGACCUGGACUUUAAGUCCCCUGCGGACCCAGACCGCUACAUCUCUGCCGAUGAGCUGGCAGACCUGUACCGCACCUUCAUCAGCGACUACCCAGUGGUGUCCAUUGAAGACCCGUUUGACCAGGAUGAUUGGGAGGCGUGGUCCAACUUUACUGCCAACGCUGGCAUUCAGAUCGUUGGCGACGACCUGACCGUCACCAACCCCGCUCGCAUCCAGACCGCAGUGGAUGUCAAGGCCUGCAACUGCCUGCUCCUCAAGGUCAACCAAAUCGGAAGUGUCACGGAGUCCAUCAAAGCAUGCAAGCUGGCGCAGUCCAACGGCUGGGGAGUCAUGGUGAGCCACCGCUCGGGCGAGACCGAGGACACCUUCAUUGCUGACCUCGUCGUGGGGCUGUGCACUGGCCAGAUUAAGACAGGUGCUCCGUGCCGGUCUGAACGUCUGGCCAAGUACAAUCAGCUGAUGAGGAUUGAGGAAGAGCUGGGGCAAAAGGCGCAGUUCGCCGGCAGGAAUUUCCGCCACCCCAUGGCUUGAAAAUCCGUAGUGCAAGCCCUUCCGUAGAAAUGUGCACGUUGAAACCUAUAGCACCUCCUACCUCCCCCUGUUACCAUCACCUCUCAGUUGUGCUGCCAACCACAUAUUCACUCCCCAAGUAACAUGAGUAGCACAGAAUCCACGUGGCGGCUUGAAGAAAACUGAAGUUUCUGGUGACCGUGUUAGAAGCAAUGGCGUGGUGGGGGUGCAUGAGGAGAGAUUACCAGAAGUGACCCGAUUGGGGGAAAAAAUGUAUCCGGUGCGUUUAAACGUAUGAAACUAAAGCGAAAGUGACAAAUAGAUCAUUACAUAUGGAAAGAUUGUUGGUCAAGGCUGAUAGGAUAUGCUGAAUAAGUUUGCUUGGAGUUGUUAAUAUCUAGGGCUCAAGAAAGGUGUGCUUUGGCUUGUGACACAGAACCCACUAAAACAAACACCCAGAUAGCCAAUAGCUGAUCAGGUUGUUGAAAAUGUUUAUGAAAUGUGAGUAAUAAUUGAAAUAUGGAACAAAUGUGAAACUAGGACUUAAACAUGAAAAUAGAAACU